CCACCACCACAGACACACACACACACACACACACGCAUCCUCUGCAACACACAGACUCCUCCGGCUCUCAUCCACACACACACACACACACACACACACACAGCCUCAGUGUGCUCGUCAUCGUCUGUACUACACUCCGGAGACUGCGGAUUUUAUCCCUGAUCUUUUCCCGUGGAUACAGAGCGCGCGCGCGCCGCUUCCCGGGACUCUGCUCUUUAUUUGUUUCCAUAGAGAGGAAAUUAAAAAAACAAAUAUCCACGUCUCUGCGUGUGUCGGUGCUGCUUUUUCUCCUCUGCGCUCCCUGCACCGGUCAGACUUGGAAAGAGCAACAGCCUCCGCCGGCGCGUCAGUGAGGUAGAGAAGUCCCUACAUCAAGCUGCAGGCAUGGAUGAGAUGGACCUGCCCCAGAUGAAGAAGGAGGUGGAGAGCCUCAAGUACCAGCUGGCCUUCAAACGAGAGAAGUCCUCCAAAACCGUGACUGAUUUGGUAAAGUGGAUCGAGGACGGCGUUCCGGAGGAUCCCUUUUUGAAUCCCGAGCUGAUGAAGAACAACCCGUGGGUGGAGAAAGGAAAAUGCAUCCUUCUCUAGAUGAAACCACUGACCCUGCCAUGAGUGUGCAACUGUAACCAUGCUGACAGACACACACCUACAGACGACUCCUGAACCUGACCCUUACUCGCCUGUGAAGGCCAUAGCAGGACAGCGCCUCCUAACCUCUCACCUUGAAUGUACAACCACUGAUAUGUAAAACCCCCCUCGACCUUAACCCUCCUGUUAAUGCACGCACGCACACACAUGCACCUGACUGCCACACCUUUUACUGCAAGUUUACUCGUGCCACGGUACUCCCGAUACUUUGUAUGAAAACGUUUGUCUAUGCCACUGUCAGUCACAAGCCGCUUCCUCCUCUCUUUUACUCUUCAUCUCUUCUGAGCGUCACGAAAUGAUCGCCGCCGUUAAACAAAAACAACGUCUUUAGACUAUUCCGUAAGAAUCUGUAAUCAUUUGAAAUACUAAACUAUGGUUUUGAUGAAGUUCACUCACGUGCGACGCGAUAAUCACAGUUGCUUCUAGGGGCGUCAGUAACAGAUUAAACUGCGUAGUGAACCUUAUUUAUGGUACACGGCACCAUCUACGCGAUCAGACGUCAAGAUUACCACUUGUUUUGGAUUAAAUUUGAACACUAUACAUAUCCUACAAUCAUAAAAUGAGUUAGUACAGAUCCCAUUUCUCAUUCAGCACGAUACAUUGAGAGUUAUGAUAACUGUCCAUAUUAACCCAUCAUUGUGGGUUCUUAUGGCGCAUUCAUGAUCAUUAAAGCAUGAUUUAAAUCGUUUUUGAUCUAAAAUGACCAAUGAUAGGUACUUUGUGUCAUAAUAAUUAUGUCGUCUGAGGCUUUGACAGUGUUUGGAGAUGGUUGUACACAUGAGAAGUGACCGUAAGAGUGAAAAGAGUCUCAUGUCGGGAAAGUUGUAGGAAGAGAUGGUUGUUAUUCAACAAUGUCAAAGCGUCUGCAUGUGACGCACACUGGCAUCUUAAAGGUCCAGUGUGUAACACUUAGUUUAGAUAUGCAGACACAUGCAUAUACUACACAAUAAAUAUCAUUUGCUUUUCCAUAGCCUUAAAUAAGCCGUUUAUAUAUAAAGUCACAACAAGGAAAGACAACGUUGUUCCUGGCACUGUCGUCCCCUGCCGCGCAUUAGGUGUCACUGAUUCUUACACACUAGACCUUUGAUAGAAACAUUCACAACAAAGCUUUUCCAUGGAAAUAAACAACAAUGCUGGGACUUCACCAGCAGUUGUCAGCGCUUUCUUCACACACACGUUGUCAUUACUGUAAAUGCAUGGCAAAAAUCAAAGAUGGAGCAGAAGCUAGUUUUUCUCUCUUCUUGUCAGUAGGACACAGAGUGUCGUAGCAGCUCUGUUUGUGUCAGAGGAAAGUGAAGCUGUGCGUCUCUGGAGGAGGAGGAGGAGGAGGAGGAGGAGGAGGCCGAGCUUUGUGAUGCUUCUCCUUAGCGACAGAGCAGCACACACACACAGACGCUCGACAUGCAAGCAAACAACACACAGGACGUGUCUUCACACAUGUACAGACAGACCCCCUUUAACUUAUUAUAUUUAUUGGUGGUUUAUUUAUUUAUUUAUUUAUUUGUUGACGUGACCUUUCUCUCGCACCCGUUUGCGUCCGCCUGCGCUCCCUCUUCCUCGACCUGACGACACCUCGCCCGGUUACCAUCGACCGCUUGCCUUGUACGCGCGCGGCGACGCUGAUUUAAGAAUGUAAACACCCUCCAUGUGGCACGAGGUUGGGACGACACCACUGACCUCAGGGCUGCUCUGUGUGAGUGAGUGAGUGUGUGUCUGUGCGUAUUCUUUCCAGAAGGUCAAAUAUGCAGCUUCAUCACACACACACACACACACACACACGUUGGCGAGAAUGUGUAUGAGGUGAGGAGUGGCAGGGACGUGGGAUUCUCUAAAUGACUCUGGCACGGAGGAGCCUCACAUCAUCUCAGUACUGUAAUGAGUCUCAUGAUGUACAUUUUCUUUAAGAUAACCCAGUUCCCUUAAGCCAACUCAAGGCCUCUUCAUACUUUGUGCGUUCCAUGUCUGCAGAGAGUACGCGCUCCACUAAACACACCCGCGCGUCCAUUUGUACUAAAAGACGCACGCCGAGCCCCACGCUCUAUUCCAUUUCAAUAUACACUGUCGUACCUUAAGCAUGUGCAGUUGAUAUGUAUGGUGCAACUGCAUCAGGACGUACCAUCGCAGACGCGUGGUGGACGAUGACAUUCACUGUCAGUCAUGUGGGGACUAUAGUGGACAUGAGGACGUAGAAACUAUGAACUGGCCGCUUCAAGGACUAUUCCGUUCAUUUUCCCCCGGUCCAUGCUGUGCUUCUAAACUACCACGAUUAAAACCGCUGGACAUUGGCGUCCGAGAACAUUGUUUCACAUUAAAAGUGUGUCACUGUGCCUUAAGCAGCGCCAGUGAACGUAGAAGAUGUCCAGUAAACACGUCGGAACAUGUGUGCAUCAUUAAUGACAGAUGACCUGUACGCGCUCUAACUCCACCCCAGUUUAGCUCAUACGUUACAUUUGAUUCCAUUUCUUUUCUAUUUUAAUAGUUUAGGUAAAUUGUACGUUAGGUUCAUGUCUUUUAAGUAUAGUCAUUUAAUGAUAAAUGAAAGAAAAGGGACUUUUAAAAUGACCAAGAUAUGAGGAACACCUGUUUGUAACUCUCACCACAUUUUUGAGUUUUUUGGGAUUUAAAGGUUUGAGGUUUUCCCAGUUAGAAUAGAACAGAAUAGAAUAUAAAUACUUUAUUCAUCGCCAAGGGGAAAUUAUUUCAACUAGUUCUUACACGACCAACACGAACACGACAACUGCAAAGUACAGUGUGUGAGCAUUUCCCUGUUUCUGCCUCCGUCCCUGCUCUCUUGAUUUUCUGUCUGGCUACUGUAACUUUACUUGUUUGGUUUGUUUUUAUAUAAUCAGAACAUCAUGUGUACGUGUGUAUGUUAUUACUAUUAUAAUGACCACAGAAAAACCUGUCUGAAUAUCUAGCAACAUUAUUCCCUGUGAGAGUGCUUUGGAAAAAUUAUUAUGCAUCCGAUCAAGUCCUAGUGUAAAGAUGACGAUGAGCAAUAAAUUAAAGAUUGUUUUUUUUUUAUUGAAUGUUUUACAAAGAAACAAAAACAUUUAUGUUAUUGAAUAAAGUAGACAAUUUUUAGACA